AUGUCGCCUUUCCCGAUAGGCAAAGCAAUCCAAGAAUGCAUCGGCAGCAACUACAACGCGAAAAAGAUGAAUUCAGGAGAUCUACUCAUUGAAGUAGAAACCAAAGAGCAGAGCAACAAGAUCAAACAAUUAGAGAAAAUCGGACAACACCAGGUCUCAGUAACCGCGCACCGAUCACUGAACAACACACGAGGUGUCAUAUCUGACAGAGAACUACUUAAAUGCUGUGACGAAGAAAUUGAGGAGGCUCUCGCAGAUCAAGGUGUACUCGCUGCACGAACGAUCAUCAUUCGCAGAGACAACAAAGAAAUCCGGACAAAGAAUGUAGUGUUAACGUUUGCCAGCACAACUCUCCCUACAGCUGUCAAAGCCUCAUACUUGUAUCUGCGUGUUAGGCCCUACAUACCCAACCCUCGUAGGUGCUUCCGGUGCCAGAGGUACGGGCAUGGGUCACAGUCUUGCCGUGGGAAUCCAACCUGUGUAAAGUGUGGCCAGAACGAUCACGAUGAUGAACAGUGCACGAACCCAUUGCAAUGCAUCAAUUGCAAGGGCCCACAUGCUGCAUACUCUCGUUCUUGUCCUGAAUGGAAAAAAGAAAAAGAGAUAAUCACGCUCAAGACAAAAAGAAACAUCUCUUAUCAAGAAGCUCGCAAACGGAUGGCUUUCACCCAGAAGGGUAGCUACGCUCAAGCGGUGCAGAGGGGGCAGGCACCGCAAAUGGUUUCGGUGGGUACACAGGUCCAACUCCAGGACAUGGUGGCCGCAGUCCGUCCCUCAAACAAACCCACAAAACAGGCACCAAGUGCCUCUUCCCAGGGAGGUCCGGAAGCCUCGACAAGCGUUGGUGGAAGCCAACACAACAUCGAGGUAAAACAGACCUCAGUGACUGUGCCGAGGAGCCAGCCUCCUCUUAGGAGGCCAGCAGCCUCGCAGAGCACCAAUAGUGGUGAGCACCCUAGUGGUGCCGAUUCAAUGGAAGUGUGUCCAUUGGACACUGAAGGCACGGGUGACCCUGCUCCUGUUAGCAGGCCACCCAGGCAACCCGUCGUCCCUCCCCAAGGAGGAAAAGGGGGUCGAAACCCAGUUUCGGCUCCCAAGAAAAGUACUUGA